GCUUGGGUGCAUGUACAUUUGGAGGGAGUGAGAAACCUCAUAAGAGCUACACUAUGACUAAUUAUUUCAACGUAUUUAAUCCAGCCUACGUAAUGAUGAGUUAGGUUAUUGUCUUUUAGAAAUUGUAAGCUUGAACUUCGUUUAACUCUGACAUUGGUGAAAUAACGACCGCUAAAACGUGAUAUUUUAUCGUGAAUUCUCGACUUUUUUAAAAAUAAUGUGUUUUCGGAUCGGUGAUAUUUAUUUUUUAAUCGAAAAUCGUCGUUUAUAAUUUGUGUAUUUUUUUAGACUGAAAUUAUGGAAAAAUACUGACAUGAUCUUAACGCUAAUUAUUUUUAUGAAAAUUUUAUUCGUUGGAGCUGAUGACAUAUCACAUCCGUCUUGCAAUUUUAAUCCGUUGUGUACAUGUUCGCAAGCCGUAUCUAAUCUUGGAAUAGUCUCUUGUAUAAAUGUUCCAUUGCCUAGAAUACCUAUUUAUAUGAAUCGUUCUAAAAUAAACAGUUUUCAUUUAGAAAAUAAUGGAUUGAAAGCGAUAGAACCGUAUUUCAUGUCCGGAACAGGACUAAAUAUGCUUAAAAUUAGUCAAAACCCAUUAUAUGUUAUUCACGAUGAUACGUUAAAAGGACUAGAAAUUUCGUUGAGAGAUUUGGAAUUGAGUUAUUUGAAACUCAUCCAGGUGCCUCAUAAUGUACUACGUUCGUUGCAGAAGCUUCGUACUUUGAAUUUAUCUGGUAAUGAAAUAUCGGAUAUCGGUUCGAGCAAUUGGGUAUCGGUUAGAAAUUCUUUAGAAAAUUUGAUUCUGAGAGAAAACGCCAUCACAUUUAUUCCGAGAAAUUCGUUCGAAAGAUUUCCCGAACUGAAAACAUUAGAUUUAUCGAGAAACGCUUUACGAGACAUGGAUCCCGACGCAUUUUUCUACCUUGCUGCUAAUUCAAAACUAGUCCAUAUCAAUUUAGCUGAUAAUCAAUUAUCUUACAUACCUUAUGCUCAAAUGCAGCAUUUGAAGUCUCUGAAGACGUUAGAUUUAAGCUACAAUUUCAUCACGAGUAUCAACGCCAUUUCAGAAUCAACUAGAAGCGGUAUUCAAACCAAGUUUUCACUAAAUUCGUUGCAUUUAGGAUAUAACAACAUAAAAACCCUAUCCGAAGAAGACUUUCAAAAAUUUGCUGUCAUCAAUCGAACUUUUUUCGAUGGAAAUCCAAUUAGCAAGAUCCAGAUCGGAGCUUUUCAAACGACACAAAUUCACGAACUUUCAUUCAGCGGUUGCGGAUUAAUUCAAUUUCAUCCAGAUAUGAUUAAAGGAUUGGAGAAGCAUCUUCACGUGUUGGAUUUGUCAAACAAUGAUUUAUCGUCGUUGGAUUCUAAUCUGUAUAAAAAUUUUCUAAAUUUGCAAGAAAUAAGAACUAAAGGAAAUAGAAUAGAAGACGGUACGAUUCCCGAGUAUAAUGGUGGUUUAUUAGGAGUAGAAUUUGGCGGAGGAAAACGCCUCAAUUGGCAAAACUUGUUACGAGAUUUAGGCAGAAUAAAAAGUUUAAUUCGAGUUUCAAUAUCGAAUGUCGAUAUACCCUACUUAUCCUACGACAGCUUCAUCGGAUACGGUUUAGGAGUAGAAGAAAUGAGUAUUACUAACGCGGAAUUGAAAAUCAUCCAUACUCAAGCGUUCAUCAAUGUCAGAGGAUUGAAAAAAUUAGACCUUUCGAAUAACUUGAUAAAUAACGUACACGAACACGCUUUUGCAGAGAUUGGGCAUUCUCUGUUAAAGUUGUAUCUCUCGAACUCGUUUGCCAAGUCUAUGAAGACAUUUCCCUAUGAAGCGAUGCAGCCUUUGAAUAGUUUACGUGUAUUGGACAUAAGUUUUAAUAAUUUCGAGAUACUACCUACCAAUUCUUUUCACGCGAUGCCGGAUUUAGAGGUCUUACGUGCUCACGAUUGCCGUUUUCGAGCUUUAUAUCCGGAUACUUUUUUGGCUGACGUUCACGUUAAAUUGAAAGAAAUAUCGUUAUCUUUCAACUACAUCGAUUUCUUGAAAACAUCAACUUUCAUCGACCUACCAGAACUGCGAUAUUUAAACCUCGAGGAUAAUUCCAUCAAUACAAUCGAAUCCAAAGCGUUUGCUAAUUUGCCGGAAUUACGAUGGCUAUACUUGAAAGGGAAUAAAAUUUCGUUUAUUCAUCCAGAAGCGUUUGAAAAUCUACCCCAGUUGGAAUUAUUAGAUCUUUCUUUCAAUAAUUUGAAAGAUUUUGAUUUCAUUACUCUCGAUCAAGUCGGAUCUUUAGCAUCCCUCAGUUUGAAUUUAAGCUUCAAUGAUCUCAAUAAUUUACGAACCUAUUCUCAAGAGAAUGACGAAGAAGAGUUUUCUGCAAGUGUUAAAAUUUUAGACGUUUCAAGUAGCAAAGUGUUCGAUAUUUCGAAUACGUUUUUCCUUCCAUUGGAGUCCAGUUUGACCCAUUUAUACGCGUCAAAAAAUUAUUUAACCAAUGUCAGCGAAGAUGUGUUUGGAAGUUUGAGUCAGUUACAAGUGCUCGAUUUAUCUGACAAUAUAAUACAAACGGUGGAACAUAACGCAUUUCAUAAGAUAACCAAGUUACAGAUUUUGAACUUGCGAAAUAAUCGAAUCAGAGAUAUCCACCCAACUCUAUUUGCGUCGAUGAAAAAUUUACGAAUUGUGGACUUAUCAGACAACGAAUUGAAAUACCUGCCUGAAUUACUAUUCCGAGACGAUUCUUUAGAAAAAGUAUCGAUAUCACAAAAUGAAUUCGUGAAAAUUCCGUUCAAAUCAUUUUCACCCGAUGCUGCGGGUUCGCUUCGAGAAUUUGACGUUUCUCAUAAUAUCAUAUCAUCUUUUCAUGCUCCAGAUUUGUUUUCUAGAUUCAAAUCAAUGAUCUCAUUAGAUGUUUCCUACAAUCGCUUAACUCGUAUAGACGAUUACGUAUUUAGACCGCUUACUAAUCUGAAGUAUUUGGAUUUGAGCCAUAACAAAUUCUCUCAAUUGAUGCAAAAUGGCCGUUUCUUUCACGGAAUUGAAGAAAGUCUCAUAUAUUUAGGAAUGAAUAAUAAUUCUUUGAACGCGACUCCAGAUUUCCCUUUGCCGAAAUUGAUUCAUUUGCAUUUAUCCACCAAUAACAUAUCAUCUUUCACUCCAGAAACUGUAGUAAAUCUUACAAAUCUGCGAGUGUUAGAUUUAAGUGAUAACAAUCUCACCUCGAUACCUGUGCUGAUACUGUCGUUGAGGAGCUUGAAAUCGUUGAACUUAUCCAGAAAUGCCAUCAAAGUGUUCACUAAUAACAGCCUACUUAGCGGCUUUGAAGAAUUGAGAGAAUUGGAUAUUAGCUAUUUACCUCUCGAAACGUUCGAAACUGGCACUUUAGGUAGAUUAAUAUCUCUAAUAACGUUGCAUAUGAACACCUACUCCGGCGUUGAUAAAUUCAAUAUACCGAGAAUUCUUCUAAAAAAUUUGGCUCUUGAAAAUUUAUGGCUUACGGUGACUGUGAAUAGAUUAAAUGGUGAGAUGAAAGGGCAGUUUCCGAAAAAAUUGAGAAAUUUCGUAUUUCGAGGAAGAAAUUUACAAAGUGUCGAUUCCAAAAUAUUGGAGGGAGUUACAUUCCCGAAAAUCUCUCUCAAGUUUGAAGGAACGCGAUUGGAGAGCUUACAAAGCGAUAUUUUCUGGAAUAUGCCAAUGGUUCGUAAUAUCUCCGUUGACGUUCGAAACAAUUCUUUGAAAAUUAUGCCCAAUCCGUCCACUGGAACUACACUCGGUUCUUAUAAUCGCACAUUUCUCAUCGAUCUAAACUUAUCGAAUAAUGAGUGGAUGUGUGAUUGUUAUAUUGGGUGGAUAGAAUUAUGGAAACGAAUGAAAAGACAGUUAUUCUGUCGAUAUCUCGAUUUCUCCGAAUCGAAAGAAUAUCACGCUUGUUUAAGAACUAAAGACGAUUUAAGAAGAACGACUUGCUCAAAUAAACCUUCUUUACUGAUUGAUGUCAUGAAGGUUGAAUUGGAAUGUGGAUGGAGCCGAAGUUCCUAUGUUUUCGCUAUCAAAAUCCCUUACAUCAUUCUUCCCUUAAUUUGGAUUUAUACUAAUUUAUUUUGAUAGAUUAGAUUUCGUACGAAAUAUUGUAUUGGUAUGUAUUUGAUGCGAAUAAAUUUUUUUAAUGAAA